GUAGUUUCUCAGCCUGUGAUCCUCCUUGGUAUGGUUGGUUUCUCUUUUAAUGAGCCUAUCUUAUCAGUGGGCCUCUUUGUUGCCAAGAAAACCUCUGAAAUCAAAUGGAGCGUGAUUGAUGCAGUGGAGCCAGAGCCCACCCAGAGGAGGGCUGUAUUCUGGGGGGAUUUGUAGGUCAUAUAAAACUUCUGCUGAGAGUGGACUCUUAUUUGGAAACCCUGCAAAGAACUGACUUGUCUAAAAAAAGGGGGGAAAAACCUGUUAUGGCAUCUUUAGGGUUGCAGAUUCUGGGUGUUGGGCUGGCUGUGCUUGGGUGGAUUGGAAACAUACUGAUCUGCAUGCUGCCCUUGUGGAAGGUAUCUGCUUUCAUUGGAAAUAACAUUGUGGUGGCUCAAACCAUCUGGGAAGGACUCUGGAUGAGCUGUGUGGUGCAAAGCACCGGCCAGAUGCAGUGCAAGGUCUACGAUUCCCUUUUGGCCCUGCCUCCAGACCUGCAGGCAGCUCGAGCCAUGAUCGUCAUCUCCAUCCUGUUUUCUUUGUUUGGCCUGCUGCUUUCUGUGGUUGGAGGUAAAUGCACCACCUGUGUUGGGGACAAAAUGGCAAAAGCCAGAGUUGCUAUCUCUGCAGGCUUUUUCUUCAUCCUGAGUGGGGCUCUGUGUCUUGUGACUGUAUCGCUGCCUGCUAAUACCAUCAUAAAGGACUUUUACAACCCCAUGGUUCCAGAUGCUCAGAGGAGAGAGCUAGCUGUUAUGGCUUCUUUAGGGUUGCAGAUUCUGGGUGUUGGGCUGGCUGUGCUUGGGUGGAUUGGAAACAUACUGAUCUGCAUGCUGCCCUUGUGGAAGGUAUCUGCUUUCAUUGGAAAUAACAUUGUGGUGGCUCAAACCAUCUGGGAAGGACUCUGGAUGAGCUGUGUGGUGCAAAGCACCGGCCAGAUGCAGUGCAAGGUCUACGAUUCCCUUUUGGCCCUGCCUCCAGACCUGCAGGCAGCUCGAGCCAUGAUCGUCAUCUCCAUCCUGUUUUCUUUGUUUGGCCUGCUGCUUUCUGUGGUUGGAGGUAAAUGCACCACCUGUGUUGGGGACAAAAUGGCAAAAGCCAGAGUUGCUAUCUCUGCAGGCUUUUUCUUCAUCCUGAGUGGGGCUCUGUGUCUUGUGACUGUAUCGCUGCCUGCUAAUACCAUCAUAAAGGACUUUUACAACCCCAUGGUUCCAGAUGCUCAGAGGAGAGAGCUAGGUGCCUGUUUGUACGUGGGCUGGGGUGCAGCAGGGUUACUACUGAUUGGUGGUUCACUUCUCUGUUGUCAGUGUCCAGCAGGAGACAACCGCUACAGUGGUGCGAAGUACUCGGCACCUAAAUCAACAACACCCGGGAAGGAAUUUGUCUAAGAUUAUAUUGCAUUACAUGAGAAGUGGAUGAGCAUGACCUCUUUCACAAAGAGUACAAACCUGUUUCUUAUCACAGUGUAUGCAUAGUGCAGGUGUGACUAACACAAUUGCCUUUUGUCUGUCAAAGUGUGUGUGAUGUUAGAUUACUGCAGGAUUGGUGUGCUGGGUUUUUUUCUAACUCCUAUAUUAAAGUUCUUUAAGUGAUUUUUAACCAAUAAACUGUUUAUUGCCACAUGAAA